CAACCAGCUAUCUACCCACAGAGCUUCAUAUGGUGAAGAUAACUACCUAAGUAAGUGAGAAGUAAGCAGAGAGGGUUUAUAGAGUACAUCCCAUCAUGAAACUCGGAGAAAGGUACAUACCUACCUACCUACCUACCUACUACCUAGGUGCACACAUAUGUACCUACCUAUGUACUCCGUACAUACAUAAGAGCGGCAAGCAGCAUUGGCACCUGAGACGUCACAGAACAGAUGGAGUUGCGCAAGCAAGCAAUCAAGCAAGCCAGGUACUCGGGUGAGAGACGGGCAUGAAUGCUGCAGGAUUGCGGAUUUGCAGUUACAGUCACAGAGUUACAAGGAUUGCAGAU